CUUGCUGCGUGACGUAAAGACGUAACGUUCGUAAGCGUUCAUACUGGUAGCUGCUUGCUAGCCGGCGUGUCGUUUGUUGAUCUUCGGCGUUGUUUUCGGCCAUUUCGUUGAGAAGUCUUCACCCUGACUACAUCAUGAGUACUUUGUGGAUGGGGAACCUGGAUGCCUACAUGGAUGAGAAGUUCAUCACCAGAGCCUUUUCCACCAUGGGAGAGCAGGUGGUCAGUGUGCGGAUCAUCCGGAAUAAGAUGACAGGUGGGGCUCUGGGUUACUGUUUUGUGGAGAUGACCGAUGAGGCCACAGCUGAGAGGUGUCUACGAAAAGUCAAUGGAAAAUCUUUACCUGGAGCCAAUCCGCCAACAAGAUUCAAGUUAAACCGAGCUACCUUUGGGAAACAAGACACUGGUCAGAUGUAUUCUCUGUUUGUGGGAGAUCUGACUCCAGAGGUGGAUGAUGGGAUGCUCUAUGAGUUCUUCUACAACCGUUACCCAUCUUGUCGUGGUGGAAAAGUGGUACUCGACAGCAUGGGCAACUCUAAGGGCUGUGGCUUCGUUCAGUUCCCGGACGAGCGUCUCCAGAAGCGGGCAUUGGAGGAGUGUCAGGGGGCGGUAGGACUGGGAACUAAACCUCUCAGGUUGAGUCUGGCUGCUAACAAUUUAAGGAACAAGCAGCAACAGCAGGUGGAUCAGAAACAGUCCUGGCAGUCCGGCUCAGAAUACAGAUACGGCUAUGACCAGUAUAGCCAGUACAGCCAGUACCAGCAGUAUCCAGGCUAUUACCCGUCCUGGGGCUACGACCAGACUGGAGGAAUGUAUGGCUACAACUACCAGCAGUACGACUACACACAGUAUCCACAAGCACAGGAGAGUGAAGCGGUUCAGGAGGAUGAAGGACUUGAAGAUCCCAUCCUGGAGCUGGACGUGGUGGAGGCCAACAGGACGUUCAUGGAGCUCAGCGAGGAGCUGUACGACGCUCUCCUCGACUGUCACUGGCAGCCGCCAGAGUUUUCUGCAGAACAAGAGUAUCUGACCUCCAUCCUUCCUGAGCCCAUCUCCUGCUGAGAUGCCACCGCUUUUUAUUCAUGGAAAUGAGUUCUUCUAUAAAGUGGCUCAGAAUUACGAUCAUUAAACAAAAACAGAUAUGAACUGGAGGAGAGAAGCUGGACAUGACCCGACAUGAGUCUGGUACCAUUAACACAGAACUGUAGGCUUCGGUUCACAAAGGUCCGAGUAUUGAUGAUCUGAUCGGGACCUGUUUGGAGGACUGGUCAGGUGACUGGUGAUGAGUUCAGGUACCCCUCAGACAGCCGGACCAGCUGAAGAUGUGAUGAUUAAACAAAGACACCAUGUGUGUUUACGUUCCUCAGACUGAUGAUGGAAAUGAAAAAAGGCUUUACCUUGGAAAACCGUCAUUCCCUGACAUGUGCACACGCUUCUCCAUCCUGCUCGUCUCCUCACACACACACACACACACACACACAUGCAGACAGGUGUGUGUGUGUGUGACUUGAUGAAGAUAAGAUGAUGCCUUCGGGUGAUGCUCAGUUGUUUCCUCUGAGCUGACGGCUCAGUUCUUUCUGCUGUUUUUCACCUGAAAACCAAAUAAAACUUUUUCCCCUG